AUGUCGAACAGCACUCACCGAAACCGCUACAAAAAUCCCGGCGUGGACGCCCAGGAGCUCCGCCGCCGCAGAGAAGAGGAGGGAAUUCAGCUGCGCAAGCAGAAACGUGAUAACGAACUGUCUAAAAGACGCAACUUGGUCGUCUCUGACACCGGCGAUGACUCGCUCUCCGAGGAGAACGGCGUCUCUGGCAUCACCCCUGAAAUGGUCGCCGCCCUGUACCAGGAAGACCCGAAGACACAGCUGGACGCCACGCAGAGAUUCCGCAAGUUGCUCUCCAAAGAGCCCAAUCCGCCAAUUGAAGAGGUCAUCAAAACGGGCAUUGUCCCUCGAUUUGUUCAGUUUCUCGACGACGACCGCAAUCCUUUACUUCAGUUUGAGUCGGCCUGGGCUCUCACCAACGUCGCCUCGGGAAACUCUGACCAGACCCGGGUGGUGAUUGAGGCGGGCGCCGUCCCUGUCUUCAUCAAGCUGCUUACCUCUACGAAUGAGGACGUCGUCGAACAGUCAGUCUGGGCUUUGGGCAACAUCGCCGGCGAUUCAACUCAAUGCCGCGACUACGUACUGAACAGCAAUGUGUUGCCACCUUUGCUCGGAUUGUUCGGCGAAAAUCUGAGGCUCUCAAUGAUGCGAAACGCCACAUGGACGCUGUCAAAUCUGUGUCGCGGCAAGAACCCACAUCCGAACUUUGAGCAGGUUUCGCAGUGUCUUCCCGUGCUCUCUCGACUCAUCUUCAACCCUGAUGCGGACGUUCUGGCGGACGCCUGCUGGUCGCUCUCCUUCCUCAGCGACGGCCCAAAUGAGAAGAUUCAAGCGGUCAUCGACUCGGGCGUCUGCAGACGUGUCGUCGAGCUGCUGACCCACACCUCUACUGGCGUCGUCUCCGCCGCCCUGCGCGUCGUGGGCAACAUCGUCACCGGCGAUGACUCGCAGACGCAGGUCAUCAUCAACUCAAACGCCCUGCCGGCGCUGCUGGGCCUCCUCUCCCACCAGAAGGAGUCGGUGGUGAAGGAGGCCUGCUGGACGCUCUCCAACAUCACCGCCGGCAACCGCGAGCAGAUUCAGGCGGUCAUCAACUCAAACAUCCUGCCGCCGCUGAUUCAGAUGCUGCAGCACCGCGACUUUAAGGUGCGCAAGGAGGCCGCCUGGGCCAUCACCAACGCCACCACAGGCGGCAAUCAGAAGCAGAUUAUGUACAUCGUCGAGGCGGGCGCCAUUCCUCCACUGUGCGAGUUUCUCUCCGUCACCGACUCUCGCAUGAUCAUGGUCGCCCUCAAUGGCCUGGAGAAUAUCCUGCGCACCGGUGAUCAGAUAUCGAAGACGACUGGCUCAACUGAAAACCCCUACGCCAUCAUUGUCGAGCAGUGUGGCGGCGUUGAUAAGAUUGAAUUUCUGCAGUCUCACGACAAUGUGGAAAUCUACCAGAAGGUGUACGACAUCAUCGAGAAGUACUUUGGCACUGAUGAAGACGACACCAACCUGGUCCCUAACGUUGAUAACGACCAGUUCACCUUUGGCACCGGUGAUCAGGUGUCGUCCAACAUGUACAACAACGAUCAGGGUCAGUUUAACUUUUAA